AAAAAAAAUUUAUAACGUAAAUUAUAUAUUAGUCAAGUUCGUUUUAAAAAACAAAUUGAUAGAAACUUGAAAUUGGGCUAAUCAUGUCUACCGGACACGCAACAAUUGAUUUUACAACAUCAACAUUUAAAGUUUUCUACACGUGUGCAUCUCUUUUAGUAAUUAAAGUUCUUUUCAUGGUCGUACUCACGGCAAGAAUGAGAUGGAAGAAAAAAGUAGUUUGCACUCCAGAAGACUUAAAGAUUAGAAAGGGAUUAAAAGUAAAAAGAGAUGAUCCGGAUGUUGAAAGAAUGAGAAGAGCUCAUUUAAAUGAUUUAGAAAACAUAAUAAUUUUUAUAAGUGUUGCUUGCAUGUAUGCUACUUUAAAUCCCAGUCCAUUUUUAGCCAUUCCUCUCUUUAUCGCAUACACUUUAAGCAGAUAUGCUCACACAUAUGUGUAUGCAAUUUCAGUAAAAAAACAACCGGCUAGACUCGUAAGUUUUGCUGUCGGUUUUGCAAUCACCAUUUAUAUGGCUGGUAAUGUUGUUUACACUUUGAGAGAAUCAAUGUAAAACAUUAAUUUAAGUUUAAAUGGUAAUGGUUGACUUUAUUUAAUAAUUAAAAAACUGCAAUAAAAAUUUUACCUUAACGCUUAUAAAUUUAUAUAAAUACUUCUUUUUUAUCGACUAAAAUAU